GUAGGUACCGUAGGUACCUACGGUACGGUACCUACGGUACGGUACUAAAUAGCUCGUACAUUAGAGUCAGACGAGGCAGAGCAGCAUAAAUAUUGACCAAUACGAGACUGUGCGAGGAAGCAAUGGCGUCGCUCUCGACAACAUACGCCAGGUGGGACCGUUUUGCCGCCGACAGCGACGACGGCGCGGAGCCGGCGGCGCCCGUGCCCGUCGCACCGGUGGCGUCGGCACCCGCGCUCGACGACGACGCGUCGGCGCCGACAGACGACCUCGACCCGGACGUCGCGCGCGGCCUCGACGCGCUGCGGGAGGCGGAGCCCGGCGUCUGCGCGAGUUUCCUGGACGAGCUUGCGACGCAACUCCACAACGCGCCGCUCCGCAAGCGCGCGGCGGUCGACCGCGGCGCGCUACAGGCCGUCGUGGACGUGAUGCGUCGUCACGCGGCUCACGCGGACGUGCAAACCAAGGGGGCGCGCGCGCUGCGAGCGCUGUGCUUCAACAACGCGCUCGGGCGUGCGGCCGCUCCCGCCGCCGGCGCGAUCCGCGUCCUCGCGGACGCGCUGAACGCGCACGUCGCCGCCGAGGCGCGGGAGGAGGCCGUCUGGGCGCUCGUGGUCAUCUGCGCCGACGACGAGGCGAACCUGAAGUGGUGCAGCCGCCUCUGCGCCGACCCGCUGCGCCGUGUCCGGAGCGACGUCGCGGCCUCGCCGCGCGCGUCGGCGAUGGCGGCGUUCCUCUGCGAGAAGAUAAAAGAGUGGCGGACGGGUGGCAACCGGUAACGGAUCGGAGAACUACUACCCCUGGUCGGUUUGGUUGGUGGGUGUCAUUUUCUUCUCUGGUUGUGGCUUUCGAGGUGGUGGCGCUCCUCCUACGGUGGGGCGGGGGUGUCGCCAUCUCGCCUUUAUCGGCAGCCUAGUCAGUCGGCCGGAGGAGCUCGCCGCCGGAAAUCCUUGCUCCGUGCCAUAGCUGGAGUGCUGCUCUUGGGAAGCCUGGCGAAAGGCGCUGUGAUGUACUUUUUUCCCGCCCUCGCCGUUUUUAGUUGCUUAGUUUAUGCAAGUUUAGUUGGUUCCAGUUCGAAGGUUCGAAGGAGCUAGGCAACCAGAGGCUGUGGCUUAGCCACCACGACGCCUCCCCGCGUGACCGUUUCGUUGAACCGUUCGCCCGGCCCGCCCAGCCCUCAUACGCCGUCGCGGCGUCGGCGUCG